AAUAAGAAUAUUCUAGAGAAACUCUUUUCUUCCUCUGCUGUCUGAGGAUUGACCACCAUCAUCAAUGACAUGGUAACCAUCAAAACUGGAAAGUUCAUGACCAACCAACUACUUCAGAGAAAACAAAUGGUCAUUGAUGUCCUUCACCCCGGGAAGGCAACACUACCUAAGAGACAAAUUCAGGAAAAAGUAGCCAAAAUGUACAAGACCACACCAAAUGUCAUGUUUGAGUUCAGAACUCAUUUUGGUGGUGGCAAGACUACUGGCUUUGGCAUAAUUUAUGAUUCCUUGGAUUAUGCAAACAAAAAUGAACACAAACAUAGACUUACAAGACAUGGCCUGUGUGAGAAGAAAAAGACCUUGAGAAAGCAAUGAAAGGAAUGUAAGAACAGCAUGAAGAAGGUCAAGUAGACCGCAAAGGCCAGUGUUGGUGCUGGCAAAAAGCCAAAGGAGCAAAGGUGCUGCAAGGAUGUUAUCAGUGGCCACUGUGGCUUUUUCGUGAGAAGAUUAAUAAACUAAAUA